AUGGAUCCAAGCUCUGUGUUGGAAGAGACGACUCAAGAUGUCUCGAAUUUGCAGGCAGAAUUCAAGUACAUAUUGGAGGAAAUAAGGUCUACAGACUUGAAGUUUUACGAGAACAAAAAAAAGUACUUGCAAAGAGACUCCCAGAUACACAAGUUCAUCAAACAGCAUGGGUCACUCACGGAAAAUUCCAAAGAGGGAGAAUUACAAGAAAAAAUUGCCAAAGAUCUAGACAUAUGCCGCGACUUACAAAACGAUAAGUGCAUCCUGGCUAACACCGCCCUAUUCCUCGUUACGAAGCAUCUGAACAAGCUUAUGAAAAACAUACAGAUCCUUGAAGAAGAUGGCCAACUGGCGCCACUGGACGAUGAAAAGGAGACUGAAAGCGGUGGUGAAGCAUCUCGUGAAAGCUCCGUAUUGUCAGCCGUUAGUGAGCGCAAAAGGCGGGCGACGCCAGCGGGUGCCACCAACAAGAAGAGAAGACGCACAGAAAGGGCGUCUUCCAGAAACCGAGACUACACGCCUGUCAGUGGGGUGUCGGACACAAACUUUGAUCUUCAAGACUACAACGAUGACCUCUUUUCGGGCUACAACCAGGCUGAGGAAGAUGACAAGCAACCUUACUGUUUUUGUCAAAGCGUUUCAUUUGGUGAAAUGGUGGCAUGUGAUGGGCCCAACUGUAAAUAUGAAUGGUUUCACUAUGGCUGUGUAAACCUCAAGGAACCACCAAAAGGAGCAUGGUACUGCCCUGAAUGCCGGCAGGAGCUGGCAAACAGUAGACUAAAAAAAAGAAGAUAUAGGUUUUGA